AUGGAUUUUGAUUUAGUCAGUCCACUAGAUUUUGAUGAGUUGAAGAAAAAUCAAAAUGCUUGUUUUGAAGUUCCUUUGGGGAAUGACGAGGAUUCUGAAUCAGAACAAACCACAGCAGCAGUUAAGGGGUCAGGCAUUGAUGUGUUUGGCCAAGAUUUUUAUAGAGAUGAUGAUUUGGACCCAGACCUAGCAAAUCCUUACAACUAUGAUGAGAUCGCCGACAAGUGUGAAAAUCUGACGGAGGAUGGUGGCAUAAAGAAGUUGUUGAUCAAGAGAGGCACUGGACCAAUCGUCCCACCCACAUCCAAUGUCACGAUUAUGUACAGUGCUUACACGGAAUACAGUGAUGUACCUUUUGACUUCACAAGGAGGCCCAUGCAUAUGGAUAUUGGUAUGACAACACUUGUUGGAUUUUCGAAAGCCUUGGAAAGCAUGCGCAAGGGUGAAAAAGCCAGUUUCUACAUAGCUCCUCAGUAUGCCUUCGGCAAGUUAGGCUGUCCCAAGAAAAUUCCGCCAAAUGCUACAUGCUUGUACAUAAUCGAGUUGAUUGACUAUCAAGAGGAAGGUGGUGUGGGUGCCUAUUUCGACAUUCCUUCUAUUGAGAGACACGAUGUUGCAUAUGAAGUCAUGUUCAGUGUCGUCAAGAAGAAAAGAAAGGACGCUAAGAUGAGUUUUGAAAGGAAGGACUAUGAGAAAGCCGGGAGAAUGUACGUCAAGUGUAUCUCAGACCUCAGUCAAUAUGAAGGAACUGAUGCUGUAGAGAAUGUGCUGGAAUACAAUCAGAUGCUUGUAAGUUUGAACUGCAAUGCAGCUCUGUGUUGUCUUAAGAUGAAUGAGUACAUUCCAUGCAUCAGAUUUGCCGACGCUGCUCUGAAACUGAAUAAUAAAUUUGCCAAGGCCCUCUUCAUCAAAGGAAAGGCCUUGCACAAGUCUGGAGAUUUUGAAGGUGCUCUGAAAUUGCUUCUGGAGGCCAAGAAGUUGAAUCCGAAAAAUAAAGACAUAAAUGAGGAGCUACAUUAUCUCGAUAGGUAUGUUGAAAAAACAAAAGCUGAAGAGCAGGAAUUGUGUAAAAAAAUUAUGAAAGGCAUGAACGUAAUAGGGUCCAAUACAUCCAAUAUUAAGGACAUCAAAAAAGAAGAUGAUGUACGACUAGCAGACGAUGUGAUGAAAGUAUUUGUAGAGAAACUCAAAAAUCUCCUGGAAUCUGAUGACAUGUCGCGAAAGUUAACUCUAACCUGUGAUACAUUUGAACCGGCAGAAUUGAAUGCCAUGAGCAAACUGGCUAAAUCCAUGAAUCUCAAUGUUCACGGCACUAAUAGAAACAACGAAUUAGAGAAGAUAGUCAUAUCAAAGUUGUGA